CCCUUCCCGUUCCCGUUCCGGUGCGCGGGGCGGGGGCAGCGCAGGCGCGGCGGGGCCGGAGCGGUCGGUGCGGCACGUGCCGCGCGGGGCGGCGGCGGCCGCUGCUACUGAGAGUUGUGCUUCCGUGGGAAGGAAGAGGCUCCUGACCACUCGCCAGCAUGGUAGUUUUCACAUGCAACGCGUGUGGGGAAGCCGUGAAGAAAGCACAGGUUGAAAAGCAUGUGAACAUCUGCCGAAGCUGUCAGUGCCUGUCUUGCAUGGAUUGUGGCAAGGAUUUCUGGGGUGAUGACUAUAAGGAACACAUCAAGUGCAUGAGUGAAGACCAGAAAUAUGGUGGGAAAGGCUUUGAAGCCAAAGCUAGCAAAGGAGAUGCUAAACAGCAGGAGUGGAUUCAGAAAAUUCAUGAGAUAAUGAAGAAGCCCAACAUAAGCCCCAAAGUGAGGAACGUUCUGGAGCAAAUACGUGCCUUUGAUAACAUUCCAAGAAAAAAAAUAAAGUUUCAGAAUUGGAUCAAGAACAGUUUGAGAAUUAAUGACAGCAAUUUGCAAGAUCAGGUGUGGGAUGUUUUCUCAGAAGCAAACAGUUCAAAUGAAAAAGAACAAGAGAAACUGCAACAGAAGGAAGAGCAGCAAUCUGCAGAAACUGGGAAAAAUACAAAGGCAGAAGAAAAUGGAAUUACAGAUGCAAAGACUGAGAGAAAAAAGAGUAAGAGGGAACGAAAAGAAGAGAGACAAAAGAACAAAAAGAAGGAGAAAAAAGAUCUGAAAUUUGAAAACCAGGAAGAAGUAAAAAAAAGUAAAAAGUCCAAAAAAGGAAAAGAGAGUGUGGAGGAUGAAUUUGAAAUAAAUGGAAAUGGCAAUCACAGUGAAACAGAAGAGGAAACAAACGUAAAGAAACGCAAACAUAAACAUGCAGAAGAGGAACCUCAUACCAAAACAAAGAGAAUGAAAACUGAAAGCAUUUCAGAAGACAUGGAAACGGAAAACAUCAAUGACAAUGAAGAAAAUGUGGGAACAGAUAAAGGUAAAUUCAACUGGAAGGGAACCAUCAAAGCAGUUCUGAAACAGGCUCCAGACAAUGAAAUUUCAGUUAAGAAACUAAGAAAAAAGGUGAUAGCUCAGUAUUACGCAAUAGCUGGUGAAUGUCACAAAACAGAAGAGGAGAUCCUAGCCACAUUCAAUAAGAAAGUGAAUAACAAUCCUAAAUUUAGAGUUCUAAAGGACAAAGUGAAACUUGUGAAAUAAACAGUUUGCAUACUUUUCA